UGCCAUGUGCAUACUUCGCUGUUGACCAGUCCACAUCACUUCCCUGGCCGGACCAGCCACUUGGGCCACGUUCAAACAAGCAGUCUCCCUACGUACAACACUUGGUGUUUACAAUGACUGUAUCAUUCCCACACAGUGGAAUUAGGGGAGCUUAAUUCACCUUCUCUUAUGAUGCUGGAUUUGUGGAUACUGUUUUGGAUAGACUAAGGUGGUCCUCGUCCAGAUAACAGCUAAUGGGAUGUACAAAUCAGGAAGUUCACUUGGACUGAAUAUUGCCUGACAAUGUUACAAAGUGAUGUAUGCCAGAUUGACUACCACCAUUUACAAGACUGUUGCAUGAUGGCUACAGUGGAGUGAUACCUGCCUCACUAUGAGUGUGUGGAAGAGGCUGCAGCGGGUCGGCAAGUCCGCAUCCAAGUUUCAGUUCACAGCCUCGUACCAAGAACUUAUGGUAGAAUGUACCAAAAAAUGGCAACCCCAGAAGCUCUGUGUCAUCUGGACACGCAGAAACCGACGCAAAUCUUCACAGUUGUACACCUGGAGCCCCACCAUGCAGAACCCCUACAAGGGAAUGGUCACGUGGACUGUACCGGAAAAUGUAGAGAUAAUGGUAACGUUAUUCCGAGACUCUCGCCAGGCUGAGUUUGAAGACAAAGAAUGGACAUUUGUGAUAGAAGAUCAAUCAAAAGGCCGCCGGAAGAUCUUGGCUAGCGGCAACAUCAACAUGAGGGAGUAUGCCAGCCAUGUGCCCACUCAGAAGACCAUCAAGGUGAAUCUGAAGCCUGCCACUAAGAAAGUAGUGUCAGCGUCACUGGAGCUCACCAUCUCCUGCAGCUUCAUCAGGGAGGGGAAGGCCACAGAUGAGGACAUGCAGAGCGUAGCCAGUCUCAUGAGCAUGGGGAAGGCCGACAUUGGCAAUCUGGACGAUCUGGAGGAGGAGGACGAGGAACCUGGUGUAGCCAAUCACAAGCGAGACGACAAAGCUUUGAGCAGCCAGAUUAAAGAUAUCACUUCCCAGCUAGAUAAUCUGGAGGCACAUCAUGGUAAUCCGUUUGAAGAUGAUGCAGACGAGGACUGGGCAUGUGACUCGGAGGGCAAUGGCAACUCGCUUAACCCAUUUGUUGAACCAGUGUUUAAGAAAACUGAAGACAAAAAGGUGAAAAAAACUCCCAAUCCAUUUGAGGACUCAGGUGAAAAGUCUGAAGAAGUCAGUCAGGAAACUGAUGAAGACAUUUUCAAGAAACUUGAUAGUGCUAGUAUAUCCAAACAGCCUGGUGCCAGCCACGGAGAUCAGCAGAAAUACAGGACUCUUCCUGCUUCCCUGUCACACAAAGAUGCCAGCAAACAUGGAACAAAGAAGAAAUCCGCUAUGACACUGAAAAUGAGCAAGUCAUUAUCACCUACUGAUCGGCCGAUAUAUGAAGGCACGCCACCUUCUACACCAGAAGAAGAGAAGCCCCCAACAAGGGCCAUAACUCCUCCUCCACCACUGGAUGAAUCACUCAACUCCACACUGGAUGUUUCCACAAGGUCGUCUCUUUCCGAAACAUCUUCUGCCAAUGUCAGCACUUUCUCACAGACACCUGAUGGGGAGACCAGUCUGCUGGAGUCCCCCAGCCCUGGCAACCUGUCGCAGGACCUGUUGUCAUGGUGCCAGGAGGUCACCAAGGGUUACCGAGGAGUGAAGAUCACCAACCUGACGACAUCAUGGCGGAACGGGAUGGCAUUUUGUGCAAUAAUCCACCACUUUAGACCAGAUCUCAUUGAUUUUGCAUCUUUAGCACCGCAUAAUAUAAAGGGUAACAACAAAAUAGCAUUUGACUCAGCAGCCAAACUUGGAAUCCCCAAAGUGAUCGAGCCAUCUGAUAUGGUGCUACUUGCGGUGCCGGACAAGCUGUGUGUGAUGACAUACCUGCAUCAGCUGCGUGCGUACUUCACGGGGCAGACGCUAGAGGUGCAGCAGAUUGGCAUGAGUACCAGCGAGAGCACCUACACAUGUGGGGAACAUGAUGAAGUCACUGACCAGAGAAUAUCAGAGGAGAUGUAUGGCAAACAUUCACCAAAGAAAAUCCUUACCCCUCAGUCUCCAGACAAGAUCAAGGACUUUGAUGUGGUUAGUCGGGAGUGUGAAACGGUUACAGUUAACGGUGGUGACGUGGAGCUGAGGCGAGAGCCUGUGAGCAGUGAUAACAGGACAUCGAGUACCAGCAUGGAGCUAAAGAGAGACUCUGUUCUUAAGGAUGACAGUUCACGAAAUUCCCACAGUUCACGAGACUCAGCAAGUGUUGAGUCAGAUCGUAGUUCAGCUUCUCCAGCAAAGGAUUUGUCCCGGGAAUCAUCAGCCUCUCCUGCCAGUGCCAAGAAGCCACAUUAUAAGAAACGGCGUGCACCAGUUCCACCAAAGCAGAGGAAGCGCCGGGCACCUAGUCCGCCCCGGAAAUCCAAUUCCGAUAAACCAUUGUUGAUGACGAGGAAGCAGCUGUACAAUCCCUUCGACUCAGAUGAUGAGGAUGAGGAUGAAGAUGAUCCAUCCAACCCCUUCUCCAGCAGCUUUGUUGAAACAGAUCAAGGUGAGGAGGAGGAAGUGAAUGGUGGGGAGCCGGAGCCGGAGCCGGAGCCGGAGCCGGAGCCAGAACCGGAGCCAGUCUCCGUCUCAGUUCCAGUCUCAGUCCCUGUUCCGGCAGAGAGGAAGAAGAUCCCAGUGGAUGUUAGUGUCCUCUCAAGUCCAGCACCAGAGAAACAGCCCCCACCGGUCGCAAAGAGGCGCAAUCUGCCUGAGUCUCCGACAGACCUCACCGCCACACAGGAGGCAAGCAGUGCCCCAGGCCCUGCUGUCUGCACCAGCGAUUCUCGUCCCAAGUCUCGACACGAGGAGCUCAAAGAGCGUGCUAGACAAUUACUGGAACAGGCCAGGCGUGAGGCCACCCUGAAGAAGUCGGUAUCGACUGAAUCAGCUCCCGGGGCAGAGCAGGAGGAUGCCAAGGAUGAGGAUCGACAGAAGCGUUUACGAGAACGGGCAAGGAAGUUGAUUGCAGAGGCCAGAGCUGGUAUUGGGAGUCCUGAGCCGUCCUUCGACCGCCAGAGUAGCACAGAUUCUAAGUCAGGUGAACCAGAGAGCUCCACAAAAGUACUGAAGACCUCCACAACUGAACCAGUUUCCAUCAAGGCGUACCGCCUUGCCCCCCAAGUGCACUACAUUGAGCGCCGCCACUCUGCCUCAGGGGAUGAGGACAACAAAUCCUCUGAUGUCAAGCUGAAGAAGAUCACUCUGGCCAAACCCAACCUGUCUGUUGGUCUGUCCACCAAUGGCUCUGCUGAUGCCGGGGAGAGAAGGCGGACACCUGAAGUGGAACAGAGAAGUAACCCUUUUGAUCGUGAGAAUGAAAUGGAGCGUGUUUCUGCUGGAGAGCAAGGAGUGGGGUACGAUGCUAACCUGGGAAGCGAUGGAGAGGAGGGUGACUCCGACGGAUCGGAACUCAACCUGCAUCUUACACCAGAUGAGGACCUGCGCAGCACCAACCAGUAUGUGAAGGCGGAGAUGGAGGCACUGGAGGGGGAACAGCGCCAGAUAGACAAGCAGGCUGCCCAGCUGGAGAAGUCACUCCGCAAAGUCAUGGAGAAAGGGAAGAACAAGUCCCUGGAAGAGAGGUUAAUGCAGGACUGGUUUCUCCUUGUUAACAAGAAGAACGCCCUUAUCCGCAGGCAGAUGCAACUCAAUAUACUAGAAAAGGAAGAAGAUUUGGAACAGCGCUAUGAGCUGCUGAAUCGAGAGCUGCGGGCGAUGAUGGUCAUUGAAGACUGGCAAAAGACGGAGGCCCAAAAGCGUCGUGAGCGUCUAUUGCUGGAGGAACUUGUGUCUGUGGUCAACAAGCGAGAUGAGCUAGUGCAGCACCUUGACACUCAGGAGAGAGCGAUUGAGGAAGAUGAAUUCCUGGACAAGCAAAUAUCUGAGGGUCGCAUUCCAUUGAAGGAUGAGAAGAGUUGCUCCAUACAGUGAUAUGUAGGCACGGAGCUGCCAGGAGUCAAGCUGUGAUACUGAGUGUGUGAUGAUCAAGAAGGGAGAUGAUCAGUGUGUUGGAAAGACGGAUAUUGGGGGAGGACUUCGGGACUUUCUAGAAUGAGUGGUGAUCAGGAGGUGCGUUUGGUGUUUGGAGGAAGGAUGAAGAUGGGGCCACUGAUAAUAUGAAAGUGUUUUUCUUUAUAUCAAUAUCAUACAUAAAAUUCACCUUGAUCUGUAAAAUAGAAGUUUGUGUAUUGAUGGGUCGACUCUACAGACCUUUCAUAAUAUUGCCAGUAACAGUCAUGUCAGUGCUUGGCCUUGACAAACAUAGUGCUAUAAGGUCUCUGAUGACCUUGAUGUCUAUUGGUCACUGAACUUUGACCUGGGUCAUUAGGAUGUAGGUGAUGGCUGCAUAACUCUCAUCCUCCAGUUUUGCCGCUGUCCAUGUGGUAAAGGUCACUGGGAGAUACCUACAGUGAGGUUCAAUCUGGACACAGGGAGAGCUGCCUCUGAUGCCAUAGGUUUGUCUUCAUGUAAUGCCAACAUGACCCACUAAGAUCCAGCCAACCACAUGCUGCCUCCUGCUUCUUUCUUUUUGUCGUCUCCAGGGGUAACAGCCUGACCUGUGUUGUUGUACACUGUCAUCUCUUGCAUAAUAUCAUAUGUGUGUUGCAUGGGGAUGUUGAUACAUUUUGCAUAUCCAAGACGGAGAAUCAAUGCUGUGAGGAUCUUCUUGUGCGUCUUGUAUUCACUCAUGGUUAAUGGUUAAAAUCAUUCAUCAUCAACAAAUUAAUGUGUUGAAGAUUGAAAGGUAUGCCGCCAUCCCAUGUUACAAUCUGUAUGGACCAGCAGUGUUGCUGGUCGCAACCAUCCAUGGUUCCAGGAGUCAGAGAGUGAACAAAACAACCAGAAGCAGGUGCUUCAUGGAGGAAGCUGGACAAUUGUAGAGAAACUAGAUGAAAGAUGGGAAUUUAUGAUCUUGUACAUGUAAAGCAAGGGUCUGUAUUUUGCCCCCACUGUUUCAAUGACCAUUUGUCACUAUGCAUGCAAAGAAGACCGAAUUUAGGGAUACAACUUCUUUAUUUGACUGUAAUGGCGACGUUUUGGUAUAGAUUCUUAUACCAUUGUCAGUUUGGUAUAGAUUCGGUAUAGGCAUUGCUUGACAACAGUAUAAGAAUCAAUACUGAAAAGUCGCCUUUACAGUCAAAUAAAGAAGUUGUUAUCCAUAAAUUGUGUCUACUUUGUCAUCCGUCAACUUCUAAGAAAUGCCUAUUAAACAAUUCACUUUGCAUACACCUUAAACAUCAAUCUCUUUAUUUCACAACACCAACCAAAUUCUUUACCAACAAAUAAUGUUUCCUGCCCAGCCCUCACCUUUGCAUUAAAUCUUUAGUCUCAAUAGAGACCUGUUUCACCCAGUACAGAAGCAGCUGAGUACCAAAUACAGAAACUGUUUGCAUACACAAUUGAGCAUUCUUGGAACAUCAUGACAUUUGAACUUUUAUGAAUGGGUUGUUUAGCAAUGAACUUUAGAUUUUGUAUGGCAGGGUGUAAACUUGACCAUGUACUGUAUGAUGUUCUGUGAUAACACUGACCAUGUACUGUAUGUGUUCUGUGAUAACACUGACCAUGUACUGUAUGAUGUUCUGUGAUAACACUGACCAUGUACUGUAUGAUGUUCUGUGAUAACACUGACCAUGUACUGUAUAUGUUCUGUGAUAACACUGACCAUGUACUGUAUGAUGUUCUGUGAUAACACUGACCAUGUACUGUAUGUGUUCUGUGAUAACACUGACCAUGUACUGUAUGAUGUUCUGUGAUAACACUGACCAUGUACUGUAUAAUGUUCUGUGAUAACACUGACCAUGUACUGUAUGUGUUCUGUGAUAACACUGACCAUGUACUGUAUAUGUUCUGUGAUAACACUGACCAUGUACUGUAUGAUGUUCUGUGAUAACACUGACCAUGUACUGUAUGUAUUCUGUGAUAACACUGACCAUGUACUGUAUGAUGUUCUGUGAUAACACUGACCAUGUACUGUAUGAUGUUCUGUGAUAACACUGACCAUGUACUGUAUGUGUUCUGUGAUAACACUGACCAUGUACUGUAUG